AUGUUAGAUGAAAUUCAUAGACAAGAACGUGAAGAGCUAGAGAACAAGCUUGAAGCAAAAGACAAAAGCCUUCAGAAAAGAAUACCACGUUCGGUACCAAAAGGAAAGGAAAAGAACUAUAAGUAUAUGAUUUAUACUGAAGAGAUGGAAAAUGAAGAAGACAGAGAUAUGGUUAUGUUGCAUUUAGUCAGAAGAAACAACAAAAGCUUUUACGACCUUGCUAAGAUUUACAAAUCUGACAGAAAUUGGUUCUAUCGCGAAAACUUACCGAUUUCAAUGACACCGAAUGAAGAUGUGAAACAAAUAGUUCAAGAUACUUUACCUCAAACACACUAUGAUAUUAAAGGUUGUACAAUACUUACCUUCAAAGAAGAUUUGCCGCUACUGAAAGAAAAAAUAACAGAGUAUUUUGACAACUUCAAACAAGCAGAGUAA